AUGGCAUUUUAUCCAUUAUAUAAUCAUAGUUCAUCAUCAUCCAUACGGUUCUAUAAAGUAGGAUUGUUCGCACUUGUGUUAAUCUGUUCAAUUUCAUACUGUUCUUCAUCACCAACAUAUUUAUUCGGUGCAUCCUCGGAUAAUAGUGGUGAUAAUGAUUACGAUAUAGAUAGAAAUUCAUAUGGUCAAAAUUAUCGUCAUCGUCGUUUUGGAUACCAACCAUUAUCAUCAAUUCAAGAUAUAGAUAUUGCUGAACAACGAUUCGCACCAAAAAAUCGUGUUGCAAAUCUUUUAUCAAAAGCAGCUCUUUUACAAGAUGAUCGACCACAUCGACAAUAUUUAACACAUGCGAACAAUAGACGAUAUGUCCCACAAGCAUUUCACGCUAUGCGAGGUUAA